GUGGGGACUCCUUCAAUAAAUACGUAGAUUUUGUAUAAACCUUUUGCCGUUUCCAAAUGGAUAUCUAACUUCAGCUUUUGAGCAUAUCUCAAGCAAUCUCCUAGUCAAGCUUUCUCGUUCAGGCUAACAAAUACAAUUUUGAAAAACUCAACGGACCACAAAAAAUGGCAAAUAAGUCCAACAGGUUUUACUUUUGGACCACAAUCUUUACCCUAACAGUGUCUAUGAUAACGAUUGCAGUAUUCUCUGGAUUCUAUCACUCAACGAGUAAAUUAAGAUCAAUGUUCAUGUCUUUGUUGCUGGUGUUCAUGUUUCACUAUCUGGUCGGAGAUCCAAUCAGGUUUGUAAUAUUCUCAAUCUCGGACGCUAUUUGGCAUCCGAAACCCCACAAGUUUGCAACAGAUUCAGAAGUCGGUCAUCAGACCCGGUUAGAUUAUUUAAAGUUGCGAUUAAAGAGCUUACGGGCCCAUCUCUUAAUACCGGAAAAACAUCGUGACGAAAACUUGAAUUCCCAGUACAAGGAGAUAGAAUAUGAUUUGUGGCAGUAUGGAAAGUACCUUGCUUGUUUAAUACUUCUGGUACUGAUAACUGCCGAUGGCAAUGCUUAUCAAACUAAAAAGUGCCUUCAGCAUCUCUUUAGCCACAAUUAUUCGACUUCUUAUGGUUUGCUCGAUGCGAACGAAAUAACAAGUGCCUAUGAUUUCAUAGCAACUUUGCCCAUCAAUGACUUCCAUCUUGAUGGCGAUUCUAAUAGACCAGAAUGGGUGCAUGGCAAUCAGACUAAGUUGCUUGGAGUCGUUCGACUACGUCAAUUGCGUGUGACCGACGUACGGCAUGAUAGACUGGCUGAUCCUCCAUUCUCGAACGAAUUGUAUAUGCCUGGAUGGAAAUUACCAUAUCAGCGCUUACCUUACGAUAAUGUCUAUUGGCGCAUCUAUCAACCGUGGAUACCCAAAAUUUCGAACGUGAAGACGCCAUCCUAUCUACGUUCCGAUGAGGGAUAUUUUCGGUCAUAUCCCAUGUUAAGUGGAUACGUGGCGCUACUAGCCCGAAGUCACCAGAAUAGUCUCAUGAUAGUAGACUACCUACGUAACAAUAACUGGCUCAACUACAAUACUUCCGUUCUAUUCAUUGAGUAUUCCUUGUACAGCACUGAUGCCAAAUUAUUGAGUGUAUGCACUUUGCGCCUAGAGCAAACACCCUUCGGCACCACGAUACCCUAUGUGGAUGUGGAUGGCAUACGUGCACUUGAAAUCGAUGACCAGCUUACAGAUUGGCAACUAUUUUUGAUAGUUGUGUAUGCCAUUGUGUUUCUACAAUUUUUGAAAGGUCUUGUGAAACAGCUGUGGUUCAAUCCAGAAAACAUUCGAAGCAUAUGGAACAUAGUGGAUAUUGGAAUAUUGGUGCUUAACUUGGCCAUAAUAGUUCUGCUUUGGAUACGUAACCGGAUGAUCACAAUGAUUCUCAAACAUCUUAGCAACAAGAGUAAAAUGGAAUAUAUAGAGGUAACGCCGGUCAAUCUCUUGACUAAUUUUACCAGAGAAACCAUUGGGUUUCUCUUAUGUUUAACAACUCUACGUCUGUGGAAAGCUCUCACAUUCUCCAAUGUCUUUCAUAUCUUCACACAUACGCUGUAUUUGGCUUGGGAAGCUGUUGCUACCGUUGGUAUGUUCAUAAUCGUGUUAAUCCUAGGCUUUGGCAUGGCGGUAUCUACAAUAAAUGGCAACAACAGCAUACAAUUUUCUCCGCUUAGCCACAGCAUCAUUACAUGUACAUGUUUUACCUUUGGGUUUACCCAUGGCCUCGAACCGGAAGACCUAUUUCAUGGCGGCAAGAUUAUUGGCACUUUCUUCUUUUCUAUUUUGGCAUUCAUUAUUUCUGUGAUUUUGAUAAAUAUGUUCGCUUCUAUAAUUAACGAUUACUUUUACGCUGCAAAAAGUCAAAGGUAUACGAAAUCUGAGCGUCGCAUCAACAUAUUUGAAUUCAUGUAUGCCGAACUGAGCUAUUAUAUUCUAUGGCUGAAUCAGUUACGAGUCUUUCGUCAGUAUUAUCAUCGAAAGAAUCGAACUGUUUCUGAAAACAUAGAGCAUGAAAUAAAAGCGCUCAGGAAAAAGAGGUCGACGUGGCUAGGCACCAACACAAACACAUUUAUUGUACACCGAAAAAUAUAUCCAAUUGACAUCAAUGUGGAGCUGAGGGAAUUUGAACGUAAACAGGAAAGAAUCUAUACAAUCGGCGCUAUAAUGAAUACUCAAAUCGAUAUUCUCCAAACUCUUUCUGGGUAUGAUGAGGAUAUAACUGAAACAAAGAAAUGAAUAAAAAAAU